GGUGCCGGUGCGUUUCGGGUAGCACUCGCAGUGCUUGCCGGGAUAUUUCGCGAUGUGGAAACAUCCCUUCCCCCCCCCACCCCAGAUGUCUGAAGAGGAGCGCCAGAAAAGUUUGGCCAGAGCUCGGAAGAAGCUUCGUGAGUUUCAGGAGCGUAACAACCUGCUCCCUAAGGAGACAAUUAAGAAGAAAAAGAAGAUCAGACAUGCCAGUAGUCACCUUAAUAACUCAAUAGCCACUUCUGAAGGUUGCCAUCCACAUGUGGAAGUCAAUAAGGCAGCUGCCAAUGUCACAACUACUGAUGUUAGUUACAAGAAAGUUCCAUCAUGUGAUGAUACGAUCAUUGAUAUGACCGGCAUCAAAAUCGAGAAUUCUGAGGUGCUCCAGCCCUCACCUUUGGUCAAUGGGGAUGAGGUGCUCUCUUCGGCUGACUUGAAAAGUCUGGAGAGCCGCUGCCAAGAGUUAUCAUUGUCCCUGGACUACAGCAAUAUAAAAAACAGCGAACUUUUUCAGAUGAUUGAAAAUUUGAGACAACAGAAUGAAGAUAUUUUGAAUCAAAUGGAAAAAGAGAAGAAGGACUUUGAGCAAAAAUUUGCAAAGGAACAGGGGGCCCUUAGAGCGCAGUUACAUGUCCAUAUUCAGACCAUUGGAAUUCUUGUCUCUGAAAAAUCUGACCUGCAGACAGCUCUGGGGCAUACCCAGCAGGCAGUAAGGAGAAAAGAAGGAGAAGCUGAAGAGCUUGCUACUAAAUUGCACACUUCAAGACUGCGGGUCAUGGAGCUAGAGCGAACACUUUCAGCUGCUGCUUCCCGUCAGAAGCGGGCUGAGAAGGAUAACAAAGAAUUAAGUCAAGAAAGAGAUUCCCUGAAGAUGAAAUUAUAUAAAAACAAUAAAAACAAUGAAGAUCUGAAGCAGUUGAACUCUGAACUAGAAGAAAAAUUGCGAAUAUGUGUUAAAGAGAAGGCCACCCUGCAGCUUGGGCUAGAUGAUGUGAAAAAACAAUUAGAAAUGUCUGAGUUACUACUUUUACAGUAUUCUUCACCAUCAGAAGUAGCCACAGAUAACCAGCAAUUCCAACAGGCCCUGGAAGUGCGAACUCACCUAGAGAAAGAAGUGGAACAGUUGAAGAUGUUGUUGAAGAAUCUACAGAUUGACAGAGACAAUUAUGCACAGAGACUCAACAAUGAAAUGUCUUUUUGGCAAGGAAAAAUGCAACAGUUGUUAGAUCAGAUGACAACACUGAAAGAAGAAAAAGAGAAGAGUAUGAACAAGGUUGAAGAACUAGAAACUUAUGUGACAGAACUAAAGAGCCAGAUGGCUGUGCCUUCACCCCCUGAGCCCCCUCAAGGGCCCUCAGAAAUGGAGCAGCGCUUGCAGACCAAAACUGAACAGUUACAGAAAAAGCUAGAGGACCUGGCUGCACGCCUAGAAGAACAAGUUAAAAACAAUGAACUCAAUCAAUCAAAUUUGGUGCAAGGAUGUAGACUUGCAGAAUUGGAGCAGGAAGCCGAGAUAUGGGGUGAUCAAGCUGAAACAAGAAAGACAAUUCUCGAGACUAUGGAGAAUGACCGCACCACUAUUUCCAGAGCAAUGUUGCAAAACCAACAGCUUAAAGAGCAGUUAGCAGAGCUGCAAGAUGGAUUUAUUAAACUGGUGAACAAGAAAACACAGGAAGCUGCAAACCUCCAGCAGCAACAGAACCAGUGUCGGAAUCAUUCUUGCAUGCCUUUCUUUUACAAGGCCUAUGAGAAUAGCCAGGUGAAGAUCCUUGUGAUCUAACUUUCUUCUUUUGGAACUAUGUUAAAAAAAAACAAAACACAAAACUCAGAGAAAGAUCCAGAGGCUUAAGGAAGAAAUACUAUUUAAAGAAGGAAAUCAUACACACUACUCAGGUGACAUAGAUUACUGACCACCUUUGAUGAACCUGCCUCUUAAUCCAGAAAGAGGAGCCAAAGGCUCAGUAAAAACAAGUGAUUGGAUAGUACCUUAAAAGAUUCCCCCAUAAGUCUACUAACUAAAUCCUCCAUUUAAAAACAUUUAAAAAAUUCAAGGCACUUUGGUGCACUCGUGUCCCCCCACACACACCUCAGCCAGUCCACUGGACAAUAUUCUGUUCAUAGGAACAGUGGGGGAUUAGAAUAGUGGGCAAAGCUAUAAACCGAUGGCAUAACCUGGUGGCAAAACCUGGUGAGGGAUGCUCAAGGGAUGGCUGAGGGUCUAACUCUUCUAAUCUGUGGCCUGAUCUGGACUAGGGCACAGCCCCCAUAUUGUAGUAUAAACUGAACUGGCAAAGAGCUGAUGCUAUUAAUUUUAUUCUGAAGUGGGGAAAUAUUUAUUGCUAACAAAGGAAGGAUGUGAAAUGAUUGAAUUUCUAUUUUUGUACAUCCUCAAUAAAAGGAAUUAUCCAUU